AUGUCUGAUUCUUGGUGGGGCAUUCAGAUCGUUUCAGUUCACUUGUCCAGCUCUGUAGCAUUCUGUCACUUGAACCAGGAAGGUACAGACAGAUCUGAGUUUGCUUCAUUUGAGCAGAUUUUUCUGUGGAAAGCUUUAGAGCGCGCACCUCCUGUUGUUGUGGAGCUGGUCGGUGUUGAGUUGGUGCACAGCGUUGCGAUGUCCAUUUUGCAGCCAGCCGCUUACGAGCUGGCCUUGCCUCGGACUUCCGAACACUGCUUAGCGUGCCCACUGCCAAUGUGCCACGGCUUCCCGACCUUUGGCCCCAAAGAUGGUGCGGUGGAGUCCCAACCGGAGGAGAUGAGUUUGCCGAUCUUGGAAUGCGAAUUGCAGUGGUGUGGAUCGUGGAGCUCCUGGAGCUCCAAGCUGGUUGCCUGUGAGGAAGGCGCUUUAGUUUCGGAGAUCCUCCUCGAGCGCUUGACAUCCUGCACGGAUUACAAUCUCCGUGCUCGCCUUCGCAAUGCUGUGGGAUGGUCCAAGGACUUUACCGAAGCCACAGGCCGCACUUCAGACAUUGCGGCUCCGCCCUGGGAUCUGAAGCUCUUGGCCAGGCGGCCCAACCAGGUGGUGUUGGAGUGUGAGGUUCUGGAUCCCGAAGGUGCUCCAAUCACUGACUUGGAAGUCCAAUUCUCUGGGAAGGUCACCUGGGGCGAUGUCUACAGCGAAUGUUCGGCCUCUGCCAGCUGUUGGGACUGGGACGACCUUGGUGGAGGACCCAGCCGAAAGGUGCAGGUGACAGUGUUUGGUUUGCCAUCAGAUGUGGUGAGCCAGCUGAGAGUUUGGUCCAAAAACAUAGUUGGAAGGUCGUUGACGCCAUCACCUACCCUCUUUUGCCAACCAUCCACCCGACCCGAAGAGGUCAGCGAUUUGCACUGUACCAAGCGUUCACUAGAUUUCAUCGAGCUGGCAUGGUCUACAGUUGAUCCAGAAGGUGCUCCUGUCUUGGAGUGUACCCUAGAGUUUUGGUCAGAGAGUGCAAUGUGGGCAACAGUCCACAAGGUCCAAGACGUAUCCAAAACCUAUCACCAAAGGAAGGCGUUCUGGAGAGCCAAGCUUUGUGGAUUAGACACAGAGACUUCAUAUGUGGUUCGAAUUCGGAGUCGCAAUGAUGUCGGCUGCUCCAAAGAUCAGCUGGUUGUAUUCCGUACUGCGGUGCGGCCUGUCGCACCAACAAGCUUGUUGUGCGGAGACAUCACUGCAACAACUGUUCAGCUUUGCUUCGACUUGAGCUACGACAAUGAACAGCUCCAAUGCGUCCCGGGCCUUACCGGUGUCGUUGUGGAAGAGGCAGGGACCUUGGCUUGGGCAACAUUUCCGAAGGAUGUGAAGAUCAUCGAAGCUGUACCAGAUGGACAAAGACUCCAUGCCUGUGUUCAGCUUCGGGGCUUGCAAGGUGACACAACCUACCGUUUCCGCCUGUGGCCAGAGAAUCCUGUUGGCAAGAGCUUCAGCCCCUCUGGAGCGUUAGAUUGCAGCACGAGUCACAAGCCAGAGCCACCAAGACAGCUUUCUGCAACGCCUUUGAGCGCAAAUCAUGCAAGGCUCUUUUGGCAAGUGCCAGAUCCACUUGGAGCGCCGGUGCACGGUGCGUUGGUGGAGUUUUCAGUGCAGUCGAUGUUUGGCUCGUGGCAGCCUAUCUCCGACGGUUUCUUGCAGCGGGUUCCAGAUGGCUGGAUCCAAGUGGUGUAUGGAUUAGACGCGGCUCAGGAAUACAUCUUCCGUGUGAAGGCGCAGAACGAUUCAGGAUGGUCUGACUGGUCAGAUCUUUUCGCCUGGAACACUCCAGGAGUACCACAGAUUUCCGAGAUUUUAUUAGAAAGAAUUCAUGCAUCUGGUGCUGACAAACCGGGAAGUUCGUCUUCAUUGGUGCUAUCCUUUACUGUCAGCGACCCUGAUGCCGCGCCUUGCGUGGCUAGUACUGUACAAAUUGGGGGACGGCGAGUUCUUGCACAUAGAUGUCAAGAUACCACGUGGGUGGCUCUUCUUCCAGGAGGCCUGGAGAAUUUGACAUCGAAUGCAGCAUGCGCACUGCAUAUCGAAGCAGCAAAUGCUGUUGGUUGGGAGCAGCAGGACAUGCAACAGCUCGCAACCUCAAUCCAAUCACCGGGCCCUGUCCUGGAGAGUGGAUCGCUUGUAGAGCGCUUUUCGGCGAACUUGGCUGAAACUCAGUGCACUCUGUGGGAAGAGGAACUCGCUCUUUGCAAGGGUGCGCGUUUUGAAGAAGCCAGGCUGAUGAAGCGAGCACUCCAGGUGUCGAAGCUGAGAGAAAAAACCGAAGUGAGUUGGUGGACCAGAUGCGAGGACUUCAUUCUAUCUUUCAAAGAGCCAAAGUCGAUGGAACGUCUGGCAACUACUGCUGUGGCGUUCCAGCUCUUGAUCGAAGGAAGCUUUGCAUUGGAGCAGCUGAAUGUCGAGGCUGAAGGCCUUUGGCAAAACCUACUUUUUUUGGCUGAAGCAUUGCCGGAGGAAGAUGGUCUAUCAAAGUGGACGGCGAGACGAGAUGCUUGGUCUGUCGAUUUCCAGGAGAAAUUUGCCUUCGGCUGGUCACACGUGUGCGCAUCUGUUGCCAGCUUGCUAGCAGCAGCACUUGGGAAGGGGAACUUGAUGCCUCCAUUGCGUGGCACCAUUCAAAGCCUUCAAAGGCUGUCGGACAUCCAUGGAUGGGUAGAGCAGCAAAUCCAGGAAAUGCGAGGCUUUGCGGAGGAGCUUUACCAGGUGAUCAUGGGUUCAGACGUGGCGCUGAGUAUUUAUGAGCUCCAUGGCACUGCUGCUGUCACGGCUCUGACCGAGCUUGCUGGCUUGGGUGGCGCGUUUCAUGUCGGUGUGCAGGUGUACUGGCUGGAAUGGAGUUUUGGCUGGUGCGAAGAUGGUUCUGGAAUUCAGGCCAUGCACUUUGGCACAAGUAGCCUGGGACGCUUCCGACAGCGCCUGCCACUUGGGCAGACGCCUUUGGCACCUGAGGAGGUCCUCACGAUCCUUCGCGACAUGCGCAAAUCUUGGGACGGACAGUCGUACGAUUUGCUUCGACGGAAUUGCGCGCAUUUCAGCAUUGAAUUUGUGCGGCGCUUGCGUGUUGAGGAGGCUCCCGAAUGGAUCAACGCCUUGGCCACCACAGGGGGUCAAAUGGCGCAGUGGCUGGGAGUUUUCCGUCCGGUGCUGGUUCAGGACCAAGACCUAGAUGACCUAGAGAAGGUCGUGCAAGCGUCACCUGCUGAACUUGCAGAGUGGAAAUGGGCACACGAGUACGUGAAGGAAAGAAAUGCAGAAGCCAGGCGUGUCCGGCAGAAGUCCACCCUGCGAGCCGCUGCCCACUUGAAACAUCGCCGAGUAAGAGAAAGGCGGCAAGUGACAGGAGGUGCGGCAGUCGCUGGAGAUCCGCAGGGACAGAGUGGACAAAAUAGUCGAAGCGGUGCCGACUUGGGCAUUCUACACUGA